ACACAAUAUGGAGUAAUCACAAUCACACGCCAUGAUCUGAAAAUGAACAGUCGAGUAGAUUUGACUUUAGUUUAGCAACUUCUUCAAAAUUAGACAAGCCUAUUAGCAAUCCUAACUUAUAUCAAGAACUAAAAAACUAUGCUAACUAACUCUGGAAGGUUUCGCGAUAGGAAUCCUGAAACAAUACCGGCAGGGAAAUUGUUUGGGCAAGGUGAAACAGCAAAAGAAUGUAUUAAAACGCCAGAAAAGCCUCGUACUCCUGAACAAGUGCAUAAAUUUCGAUGUACAACACAACCAGCGCCAGGAAAAACUCGAAUAUUUUAUGGACGAUAUAGCGAUCCUGACAUUUCUUCGCUUCUCUGUCAUGGCAUUGCAACUAGACCAUCAUAUGUGGCUGGUCAGCUAGUAAGUCCUCAACCAAAAAGUUAUUUUGAAUACAGGCUGAUGCAAAAAAAAGAAGAUAGUGUUUAUGCUAGUCGCAAGAGAGCUCCAUUGGGGCGGAGUCAUGAUCAAAGACCUGGUCUACCAAAAGGAACCGAACCUAAUGAUCAAGUAUAUGGUCUUCCAACACUUAAGGAUUGUGCAGCUGGUGAACUGAUAAAUCCUUCGAAAACCAGGCAACAGGUUGCUCAUGAAAGUCUUCAGGGUUCGGAUUUGUAUAAAAAGAGUCACAGUGCUUACACUGUUGGAGAAACUUACAAUCGCAAGUAUAAUUGGUCUCGUGUGCCAGCCACAAGUUGUUUUGGUGUUGAAACACCACAUGAUAACAGAGGGUUGAACACCAAGAAGACCUUGAAGUGGCUCCAUGAGACGUUGAGUGAGAAGGCGGCACCAGUGAGCUCCAAACGAGUUGACCUCUUUCGUGAACGCAAUACACCCCAAGUCGGUGUUGUUCAUGAUCCCAUCAAGGACACCAUGCUGGUGGACCAGGACCACACAUUUGGUAUAAUGGUGAAGCCAGACGAAUGUGGAGCAGGAGACUUAAUUCACAUGCGGAACAAGGCUAGCUUUUUGAGAGGACGGGAAAGAGCAAGAGGUGUGUUAGCAGCCGUACGCCAGCAUUUGAAGAAAGCUAACUAUCACAACUUCAACGAUUUGAAAGCUGCAUUCACAUUCUAUGAUAAGGACAAGUCUGGAAAGAUUGACAUAAACGAACUUCGCGAGAUUUGCAAGCAGUUUAAUCUUCCAGUCCAACAAGAGUUAUUAGAAAUGCUGCUUGAAUACUGUGACAUGGACGGCGAUAAGCAGAUCGACUAUGUCGAGUUUGCAAAUUUCUUAAACUGGAAAGAUAAAAUGCCGAGCGGUUUCCAGAAACGAUUUAACAAUAGCACCGAGGAGGAGGACAUAUACGAAGCUAAAAUCCUCCGCGAAGCGAAGCAGUCUGGUAUGAUCCCAGAUGAACCAUCUACUGAAGGACUGGCUGUGUUAAGCAAACAAGUUGACAAGUCAGCAAGUGAUUAUGCCACGUCAGCAUCUUUAAUCAAUGGCAACGUGCUCAAUAAUUACACAAAAGAUUUAAGGCCGUAUGGAAUACCCACUAUUCGAAGUGAUCUCCCCGCACCAAGAAUACGAAGAAUUGGAAACAACACGAAUUACGGCGACGAGUCCGACUCAUACGGAUUGAUCAACCCGUCGAUAUACUCCAAUUAUGGUGUUUAUGAAGAAGACUUUUUCAAGAGUCGCGACCCAUGUGAAAUGAAACGAAUACUUGACAGCAUCGGUGUCGAGAUGACCAAUGAGGUAUUUCAAGAUCUGUGGAAAGAAGUGCGAACUGGCAGCCCUGGCGGACAGGUGUCUGUAGAAACCUUUCGAAAUGUUUUGGAUGAGAAAGUUGCUGAGGAAUAUCAGAAAGCGAACAAUAAUAACGAAACAGAAUCAAACAAUCUUGGAGAUAUCAUUCAAAAUAUGCUAAACAAUAAACCAAAAAUUUACAAUAAGUUCCAUACCGAUAAGAUUGUAAAGGCUCCAACACGACAAGAGGUGCUGACGUCUUGAGAAUUUGCAACAAAGAUGUGAAUUUUUUAGUAUUUAAUAUAAAUUUUUAAUUCUUUGCAAAUUUUGGAUUUUUUUCAAUAUUGUGUACAGUGCUCCAUGUAUAUAUUGAAAGAGAGAAAUUUGACAGUCCAGUAUAAAACCAACUCGGUAAAAAGCUUAGCUAUUUCGAGGAUUUGUCCCAUAUCAAUGCUAUACAUAUAAUUCUCCUUAAAGUUUUGAUUUUUGUAAAUUUUAAUAUCUAUUAUUUUCUUUUAAAUUUACUUGAUAUUAUAUUGGUCUCUGCGUGCUGCUUUGUCCACGUUACGCACGAGCGAAUUGUCUAUUCGAUCUGCUUUUUUGUACAUUCAAUUUUAAAUAUAAAAACCAAUCCCAAA